CGCGGAGCGGCCUUGAUUUGUAGCAUUCAUUCAUUAGACGCGACUCACACACAUUGUGCUUUUGCACGAUAGCUUUGUUAGGUUUUCGCUCUCUAGUAUUGACGGAGGACUGGAAAUGAAGGGGCAGCCGGGUGUAACGACGUGUCGCCGCCAUCUUGGUAAAGGAUCGUAGAUAGUUAAUAACAGCGAGAUAAAACGGUGAGAUAUGGAAUUGGCGAAGCAAACAGCAACACUAAGAGAUACUUCAUUUAAAAAAAUUAAAAUCCCCAUCUAGAAUAUUUGGACGACGGUUAACCCGGUGGUGAGGGAGGUCACAGGUCACCUCCGCCCUGUCACGUGAUGUUGCCAGCUGCUGAUCCGUGGAAACCAACAAUUUGCUCGAGUCGACCGAAGAAAGUUAGUAGAAAAUUAUAGGAGGAAGUAGCCCCACUAGGGCUUAGCCUUACAACCUGCUGAAGGUCACGGGACACUCCUUGUCGAUUGCAAAGAUUUUCAUCUUUUCCACCAGCUAUUGGAUCUUCCCCCCCCCCCCCCCCCCCACCUCAAGAAAUAGCCAAACAUGUCAGGCAAGGAGAGGAUUGAGAUCUUCCCAUCGCGAAUGGCACAAACUAUAAUGAAGGCCCGUUUGAAAGGUGCUCAGACUGGUCGCAACCUACUGAAGAAAAAGUCUGAUGCCCUUACACUUCGCUUCAGACAAAUCCUGAAGAAGAUUAUAGAGACUAAAACACUGAUGGGUGAAGUAAUGAGGGAAGCGGCCUUUUCCUUAGCUGAAGCCAAAUUCACUGCUGGAGACUUCAGUACUACUGUGAUCCAAAAUGUGAACAAGGCACAGGUUAAGGUCCGAGCUAAAAAAGACAAUGUAGCAGGUGUUGUGCUGCCAGUAUUUGAGCAUUACCAGGAAGGAGGAGACAGUUAUGAGUUGACUGGUCUGGCUAGAGGUGGAGAACAGCUGGCUAAACUCAAGAGAAAUUAUGCAAAAGCAGUGGAGCUUCUGGUUGAACUGGCAUCACUGCAGACUUCCUUUGUGACACUGGAUGAAGCUAUUAAAAUUACCAAUAGACGUGUAAAUGCAAUUGAACAUGUGAUAAUUCCUCGGAUUGAGCGCACUUUAUCUUAUAUCAUAACUGAGUUGGAUGAGCGAGAAAGGGAAGAAUUUUAUCGGUUGAAAAAGAUUCAGGAAAAGAAAAAGCAGUUGAAGGAGAAGAUAGAGAAAGAACAGGAAGGACAGAGGCUAAAAUCUACCAAUGCACCAGCCAACCUACUUGAAGAAGAAAAGGACGAGGAUCUGCUGUUUGAUUGAAAUGAUUGAGUGGCUUUGGUUACCUGCAAUUAAAAGUAGCAAGCAUUUUGAGCUUGACUAUUAACACUUGUGAUGUAUUUGUAUAUUUGUCGUAUUUAACUUGUGAUGUAUGAUGAGCCCAGCCAGUUGUCAAGUGAAUGCUGUUUCAUACAGGUUCACAGGUUUUGUCUUUACGUUUGAAUAAGACAUGGUCACAUGUUGUCAUCAGUGCCUGUAUGGUCAUGAGUUAUUAAAUGACUUAAAUUAUUAAUUGUGUUAGGAAUUGCUCAGAGCCAGUAAAAUACAUUCCCUUGCACAUUUUGAGCCUAUGAUAGAUGGGUCUUCAAAAUUGAUGAUUGAAUAGUUUGAAAAAUUAUUGUUCACUUUCUAAUGUUUGAAUUCCCAUUUAUUGCUUGAUAAAUUUUAACUAAUUAGAAUGCUGCACAAUUUGCAACUGAAUGAAAUUAAGUAAAAUGAUUAUUAUACCAUU